GUCCAGACGUUGUUGUGAAAACACAUGUGAGAACUGUCACGAAUUUCUUUUUUUCUUUUUGACAAUUUCAGCCAAAAUGCCGAAAGAAAGGGUGCAAAAAAAGUCAAGACAACAUGGCGAUAUACAAAAACAAGGUAUUAACUUCAACAAGGAGUUUGGGCAGCACAUUCUGAAGAAUCCAUUGGUUGUCAACAGUAUGAUUGAGAAGGCUGCCCUCCGUCCAACAGAUGUUGUGCUGGAAAUCGGUCCUGGAACGGGAAACAUGACUGUGAAACUGUUGGAGAAAGUGAAGAAGGUAAACGCAUGUGAAAUUGACCCUAGACUUGUGGCGGAGUUGCAGAAAAGAGUUCUUGGAACGCCAUAUCAGACUAAACUCCACGUGAUAGUUGGCGAUGUAAUCAAGACAGAGUUACCCUUCUUUGAUGUGUGUGUCGCCAAUAUGCCAUAUCAAAUUUCGUCUCCAUUUGUCUUCAAGCUACUCCUUCAUAGACCCUUUUUUCGGUGCGCAGUUCUGAUGUUCCAGCGGGAGUUUGCACAGAGACUUGUUGCCAAGCCUGGGGACAAAUUGUAUUGUCGUCUGUCCGUCAACACACAGCUUUUGGCUAGGGUGGACCAUCUGAUGAAGGUUGGCAAGAACAAUUUUAGACCUCCGCCAAAGGUUGAAUCCAGUGUUGUAAGGAUAGAACCUCGCAAUCCACCUCCGCCUAUAAACUUUCAGGAAUGGGAUGGAUUAGUGCGGAUAUGUUUUUCCAGAAAAAACAAGACCAUUGGAGCAUCCUUCAAGUUUACAAAAGUUCUUGAAAUGUUGGAGAAAAACUACAGAGUUCAUUGUUCUAUGAAAAAUGUUGCCAUACCAACAGAUUUUGAUGUGAAAGCAAAAGUCACAGAUUUAUUAGAAAAGAACGGUUAUGAGUUGAAGCGGCCACGAUCAAUGGACAUUGAUGACUUUCUUGGAUUACUGAAUUGUUUCAAUGAAGAAGGGAUCCAUUUUUCAUAAAAUAACACAUCAAAACCUGGUAUAAAUGGAAGUUGCUAAGCUGCAGGGAAACCAAAAAACAACCAUACGUUAUAGAGACUAUAAUAAAGAUGUAUUUUCAUGCAUUUGUUCGUCUCAAUUACUGCAAGACUUUGGUAGAUUAUUUAUUUAUGCAGUUCUGUCUCCAGUGCUGUUCUCCUUGUAUUUAAGCUAGUCCUUGGAGCACACAACAACUGCGCAUGUAUUUGACGCUACCUUUGUACACUGUUUAGUAUAAAUGGAAAGAAAAGAAGAGGCCACAUAUGAAAGUUGUAGUUUUUCUUAAAUGGCUUAAAGGUGGUGAUUUUGACAUCCUACUUGAAUGGCUUAAACCUGGUUGUUUUAAAGUUUUACCUGAAGGGUUGAAGAUAGUGAUAUUAAAAUUAAUUUGAAUGGUUUAAACCUGGUUGUUUUAAAGUUUUGCCUGAAGGGUUGAAGAUAGUGAUAUUAAAAUUAAUUUGAAUGGUUUAAACAUAAUUGUUUUGUAGUUCUACUUAAAAGGUUUGAAUGUGGUUACUAAAAAGUAUAUUAAAGUUAACUUGUAUGGCUUCAAUGGGGUCGUUUUAAAGUUUCCCUUGGAUUGCUUCAUGGAGGCUCUUGGACUGCUUGAAAGGGGUUGUAUUAUAAUUUUACUUGAAUGACUUCAAGGGGUGGGGGUUGUUAAAGUUUACUUGAAUUGAUUUAAGGCUGCAUAUGAAAUGUUUGCUUGACUGGUUUCAAGUUGUGCAUAUUAAAGUUUUACUUGAAUGACUUCAAGGCGGUCCUAAAUUUUACCUGGAUUGCUUCAAGGCAGUCCUAAAUUUUACCUGGAUUGCUUCAAGGGGGUCUUAUAAAAGUUUCACUUGAAUGGCUUCAAAAUGGCCAUAUUAAAGCUUUACCUGGAUGGCUUCAAGGCGGUCGUAUAAGAAUUCAAGGGCAUGAGUUUUCUCAAUCUCUCUCUACCGUUUUACCUCUUUCGACAUGGCUUACCGGUCAAAUACAUAUGUGGCAGUUUCAGUUAUUCUGAAGUGGUUUUUUUUAAUAUAAGUAUAUCUACCAAAAAAAGAAGAACUCCAUGCAAGACCAUUUUUAUAUUUAUAUCUCAAGUAAUGUGUUUCAUCGUCUCUGACUUAUACUGCAAUAUGUGUCAGAUGCAGCCUUUCGAAACUUAAUAUUUUUUCAUUCUUAUAAAUUCUGUGGAAGUGUUCAUUUUAAAAAAAAAAAAUACUUAAGGUUUUGUUUUAAUUUUAUUUCAGUAAAUGUAUGUAAUAAUUGUGUUGAUAGAUUGUCAUUUUAAACAAAAUUUAAGUCAAUAAUAUUUUAAUUGCCACAUGAAUAGAUUACCGUUAUCUGGAUUACAGAUGUGUCUGUAUUGUUAAGGCGAUUGUACAUAAUAAUGUAAAUAAAUUGGAUGUUUCAAAAUUGAUAUGUUAUGAAUAAA